AUGAAAGGCUACGUACGAGGAACCGCUUUACUGUCAGCAUACCUUAUUCGAGGGCUUGAUAGCGAUGAAGGCUGCGAAAUCACUUACAUCAGUCAUACAGAUCCUAAAGGCAAACUCCCUACAUGGCUGGUCAAUCGUAUAACACGAGUAGUGGCCCCGAAAAUCAUCAAACGGCUACACAAGGCUUGUUUAGCGUAUCCUGAUUGGAAAUCAGAAAAUCGACCAAAUUUCAAACCAUGGAUCUUUCCUGAGCAACAGCUGGAUUUUCCUCGAGUAGAUUUGGCAAAAUGCCAACCUCAAGAAUAUGAGCAAGAAAUCAUCGAUGAAUCAAAUGUUACUCCCGUACCGAAUGACGUUGAGGUGGAAGAAGACUAG